GAGACUCUGGUGCCAGCCAAACACUCAGGAAUCUUGCGCGCGCACGCAUCCAACUCUAGAAAACCUCUUCUCGAUCCACCGAUGCCGGUGCUUGCCGAUGCGCAUUACGUUUACCUAGGGCCGUCUAUACCAUAGCAGCUCUCCCACCGACCAAUGUAGCACCGACAGGUCCAGAAUACAUUCAUACUCAACAAUCCGCGAUCUGUCAUGGAUCGCGCAAGGAAGCGCCAACUGCGCUCCCUGAACGAACGCGCCUGGGCUGGCGAGACGGAUGUUUUCACCGUCAACAAGUCUCUAGACUCUUCGCUCAAGAAGAACACUGCUUUCAUCAAGAGGCUCCGAACCGCCAUCUCUUCCGCCACCCUCAAUACGUUCAUCCAAGAGAUCCGAACCCUCAGCCUUCACAAGUACCUGUCUGAGAUCAUUUCGGCCUGUUAUGAAGGACUAUGCCGACUCAAAUCGCCCGGCGAGGUCGACGCCGGAGUGGAAAUUGUCAGCGCGCUUCAUCAGCGAUUUGGCGCCAGCGAGUUCACGGAACACCUGGGAUGGCUACUCGGCAAGGGCAUGGCAACACCCGACAAGAGCAUCCUCAAGACUUUGCCCCCGGAGGUUCGCGAAAAGGAGGAAAAGGAGCGCAUCAGCCGCCAACGCGUGCUCCUGCGAAUCGUAUCCGAACUAUGGCUUGUUGGGGUUUUGAAAACCCUCGAUGACAUCACUCGACCGGACGAUGCUACAAAAGGUGCAACAGGCAAGGUCACGGACCUCAAGUUGAAAACAAGUUCCAGCAAAGGCGGGGCCGCGGAGCCAUUUCCGUUGGAAGUGCUGAAGGAUCUGCUAGGUCACGAUCGGGAACACGCCAACUUGCCACUACUUGUCAUCUUCGUCAAAGCCUUCAGCUGGGACAUUCUUGGCGUCCGACCUGCAGCGGCCGAGGGACGGAAGACUGUGGAAGAAGAUGGGGCCACACGACCUGCGCAUGAGUCCUCGGGAGAAACUGAUAGUGCUAAUGGCCCUGAGACCGACAGCGACGACAGCCCAUUCACACCACCUGAGCUCCAGGAGAAGUUCAAGAGCAUCCUCAAACGUUACUUCGACGACGUCAAGAACCACGUUCUACGCGACCAAAAGGCCAUCCACUCGCAGUCGCGCCGCAAUGCCGAGGCUUAUGUCAAGUCGGGGGAGGUGUUUGAGGACCGACAAUCCAACUAUGAGAAGCAAGUCAAGUCGCAAGAAAGACUCGUCGCCAACGCGCAAGCUAUCGCAGAUGUCAUUGGGGGCCGAAAUGCUGGAGCUGCGAACGGCUCAUUGGGCUGGUUAAGGCUGGAGAGUACUUCGCGGCUUGGCGAUGGUGCUGGCAUCUGGGAAGACGAAGAGGAGCGACGCUUCUAUGAAAAUCUUGUGGAUCUGAAAGGCAAGGUGCCUGGGAUGCUUCUCGAGGAUGGCAAGAAGAAAAAGCCGGAGAAUGAUGAGCAGGUCGGAAAGAAGAUCGACGCGGCGGACGUCGAAGCGCCAAAGCCGACUGAUGCCGCCGAUGACCAGUCGAUGGCCAUUGCAAACAAGACCAUUGGAGCCCAGGUCGAUGCAGUCCUAGCCCGGUUGCCAGAACUAACGACAAAGGAUGCCAUCGAUGAAACAGCGAUUGACUUUUGCUUCCUAAACUCCAAGGCUUCGCGGAACAGGCUGAUCAAGGCUCUCACCGAGGUGCCUAAAGGCCGAGGAGACCUGCUUCCCUGCUGGGCACGCCUGGCUGCGACGCUCGGCCAGUACAUGCCAGACGUCCCCAAGGGACUUGUGGACUAUCUUGAUGCUGAGUUCCGCAGUCUGCAGAGGCGCAAGGAGAAGGACUUUCUUGGUCAAGUCCGCUUGGGCAACAUUCGGUACUUGGCUGAGCUAACCAAGUUCGGCAUUGUUCCUGAGCAUGUUGUGUUCCAUUGCCUGAAGGUCAGUAUGGAUGACUUUUCAAAGAUGAACAUUGAGAUUAUCUGCAAUCUUCUGGAGAAUUGUGGGCGUUACCUCCUGCGAAACCCAGAAACGUCGCCUCGCAUGGCAACUUUUCUCGAGACCCUUCAGCGAAAGAAGUCGGUGCAGCACAUCGGACAAGCCGAGCGCAUGUUGAUCGAGAAUGCCGUUUACUAUGUUGAUCCGCCGGAACGCCCAGCCAUCGAGCAGAAGGAGCGUGACCCUAUGGAGCUGUUCAUCCGCAAGCUGAUUUACAUGGACAUGACUAAGCGCAACUUCAGUAAGAUUCUGAAGCAGAUUCGCAGACUUCACUGGGAAGAAACGGAGGUCGUCACCAUCCUCGAAAAGGUCUUUUCGAAACCCGGCAAGGUCAACGACGCAUCGCUGAGGCGAAGUACUUGGGUGAGCUCUACAACUACCGAAUGGUUGAGCACCCUGUCAUCUUUGACGCCAUGUACAAGAUCGUAA